AUGGAGCGCUUCCCUCGCACAUCCGAAGACGCCGACAAACUCCUCAAGCUAUCGGACCUACUCCGUGACGCGGCCCUGACUGUCGAGGAAGAGUGGAGCAAAGAAGUCUUUGACGGACCAUCAGACAUUCCCAACGGCAAAGCAAGCGGUGGACACCACAGUCAUGAAGCAACAGCCAGGAUCCUCCCCAGUCGAAAGCUCUGGGACGCCGAGAGGACAAUCGAGGCUGUCUCGGGGGUUUUAGUCGAGCUAGUCUCAGAGCCACACCAACGGAUCCAGCAGGUGCUAACCCAAUACAUGGAAUCAAGGGCUCUGUUCAUUGCGGCUGAGCGCAGGAUCCCGGAUUUGCUUGCCGAGGCGGGUGAGGGGGGGUUGGAUGUUGAGACUUUGGGGCAAAAGACCAAGAUUGAGCACCGGAAAUUAGCUCGUAUCUUGCGUACACUCUGCGCAAUCCACAUCUUCACUGAAGUCGCCGAGGGCCGCUUCGCCAAUAACCGCAUUUCCGCUUCGUCUGGUGCAAAACCCUGGUCUUCGGGCUUAUGUGCAAUUAUUGGCGCGUCUUACAAGGUGGAGGAGACGGCGUUCCAUCACGCCAUGGGGACUGACAGGCCGCUUUGGGAGUGGAUGACACAGCGACUGCCUUCGGAUCAGGUCACUUCUGAUGGGCCUGGGUACCCUGGUGUGCCCGAGUUGGCGAACUUUCCUGUCUCGUUUGAUCACAAGGGUCUGGUGGGUAGGCCGGAGUUGGAGAACUUUGCUUUGGCUAUGUUGGGGGGUGGUCAGGCGUCGGGUACUGCGCAUGCGUAUGAUUUUCCGUGGGGUGAACUUGGAGAUGGGCUGGUUGUGGAUGUCGGUGGUGGAGUUGGGGGGUUCGUCUUGCAACUCCUACCAAUCUAUCCCCGGCUCAAGUUUGUCGUUCAAGACCGGCCGGAAAACGUGGAGAGGGGCGAACGCGAGAUAUUCCCGGCUAAAGCCCCUGAUGCCUUGGCUGCAGGGAGAGUCAAGUUCAUGCCCCAUGAUUUCUUUACCGAAAACCCAGUGAAGAACGCGGAUGUCUACUGGCUACGCGGAAUUCUACAUGACUGGUCUGAUGAUUACUGCGUGAGCAUUCUCAAAGCUGUCAAGGCUUCCAUGGGCCCCAAAUCAAGAAUUCUGAUAUGUGAUCCCGUCAUGAAUACCACUUUUGGCUGCGAUGAGAUUGAAGCAGCACCGAGUCCGCUCCCAGCAAAUUACGGGUACCAUGUCCGUUAUUGCCACAACCGGGAUAUUGGUCUCAUGGCGACCAUCAACGGGAUUGAGAGGACUCCUUCCGAGUUCAAGACCUUGUUCGAGGAAGCUGGGCUGCGCCUGGUGAAGUUCUGGGAUACAAGGAGCAUGGUCGGGAUCACUGAGGCUGGUUUAUGA